GGGUGCCCGCAGCACCGCUCCUCAAUCCUGCAGAUUCCCCAAGGUUUGCUGUGUGAGUGGGUUUGAUGGCCUCCAGCUGGCAGCUUGCACCGCCACUUCCGGUAGGCACAUGGGAGGCUUGGAUACCGUUCACCAUGGAUCUCCUUGCCUUUGGUCAUUUGUUUAAGCAGUUUCUGUUGCUCUCGAAUUAUCUUCGAACUCAUUGAGCUUCUGAUUGUCCUAAAAACGAGGUGGGAAUGCGGUCACGCCGACUUAUGCAGUGCGAUGCAUUUGUACAUUUGUGGGAUGAAUUCAAGUAGAAUUUCAUUUUCAUGGUCGCCACUCGAGCUCUUUAAAUGCAGUCGGUCUACAAAUACAAGUGUCUAACCCUCUUCCGAGGGGUCUUCGACAUGGACCGCUCCCUUUUGCGCUCUCAGGUGCCACGCAAACACUCUCCGCUCAACCCCCAUUUCAAUAAUUCGACGUCAAACAGGGACACUGGUUGUCUCACAUGUCGGUUGAGACGUAAGAAAUGCAAACCGGGACGCGCUCCCGAUGGCGCAUGUGAGGUUUGCACUCGAUUGGCGAUAGAAUGCAUGGGGUACGCCCGAAAGCGGCCGCAAUGGAUGCAGAAUGAAGUACUCACUAAAGACUGCAAAUUGAGUAUAAAAAGGUGGAUACGUGAUCGCAGUUGUGGACGGACACAAGGAACGCUUCGUCUCGCUUCGUUUUACGGUAAAGAGCGCCCCGUAUUACCUACACACGAGCUGACCCCCCCAUACUCGUCACUGAGGGUUGAGCAGUCUCCUACCCAUUCUACCUCGUCUGCUUCCACUUCAACCACCGCAUCGCAAUGUCCCUCCAAUCCUACUGGCGAUAUCAAACACGCUUCUCCAGGCGGGAACGUGGUGCCAGACCUUAUCCCCCCCAUCCUCUGCCGCCCCACCGGUCCCGCGACAUCUAUGGCACCCGCACCCCAGCAUCCAGUUGCCAAUUCAUCCAGUUUCGUUUUCUCCCCUACGACUUCACAAUUACUUGACAUGACCGCACGCAGCGCCAUUCCUUCGACUCUCCAUUUCCGCACAACUUGGGAGGAUGCUGGACCCGACGACGACUGGCGCGUGGAUAUUCCUAACAUCUCUUUGCGGCGUCCGAGCCCUACUGACUGGUUCACCCACCAUGUCUCUAAUGCGACGACUCUGUCGCUUGGCAGUGCCGCUGCCUCGCGUGAAGAACUUCCCGCUAGACGUCUCACUCAUGAGCUCUGCCCUCAGUCCGCUUCUCCGCAACAACUGCCCCGUGGUGCGAGCGUUCAUCAGUAUCGGCGUGUCAUGACACAAAAUGAGCCCGCCCAGCCCCCCUUCGAAUCAGACUCGUUUCCCGCCCCUGCGUCAAGCCACCCGUCUGGGCACAUUGUGGCAACCGCGCCAAACGCCCCCAUGGGUGACGUUCCGUCACCAUUCUCUUCUAGCCGUAUACGCUGCGCCCCACCUCCGCCAACCCUCUCAGCCGUCCAAGCAUUCCCUUCCUCCUUUACCACCUCGCUACCCACGCAUGGAGGUUUGACACGGUAUCACCCUCGCUCAGCACAUCAUCGAGACCCUAAUGACCCUAAUGACUACGAAUCAGAGAGUACGUAUUUCGUGCCUUAUUCCGCCAAUAGGUUCUAAGUCUCAACGUUCGAGAUGAUCGUGAUUAAUCUAUGUCCAAAGACUCCAUAUACUUCUCCUCACUCUGUAAGGC